AUAAUAGGAGUAUCCUUGAGGAAUGGUCUAAGAAAUGAGGUAAUAAAGAAAGGUUUAGGGAUAGAUGAGUUGUCAGAUGCAAUUAGAGGUAUUAGACUGAGAUGGUUCGGUCAUGUGGAGAGGAAAGCAAAUGAGUACUGGGUAAAGAAAUUUAGAACUAUUAUAACUAGCGAUUUAAGGAAAAGUGGCAGA